UUUUAUUUGAAAAAAAAACUAUCAAAAAUUUUAAAAAUUAGCAUGCAAUCAUUUGAUAUUGAGUCCCUUAUUGGGGUUAAUAAGGUCCCAUCACUUGUGGAGAUGGUCGCCGCAUCUCGAGCUUCCUCAUUUUCCCCUCCAUUUGAGCAGCAGCAUCAUGACCCGAUGGGUGUGGUGGCCGCAGCGGCAGCAGCAGCAGCCGCCGGACGUCAUCAUCCGUAUGAUAACCGAGACGACGGUCAAAUGCGGAGGUAUCGAACGGCUUUUUCACGAGAACAGAUUGGGAGGCUUGAGAGGGAAUUCGCAAAGGAAAACUAUGUUAGCAGGAAGACACGUGGCGAGUUGGCGGCAGAGUUGAAUCUUCCAGAAGGUACAAUUAAGGUAUGGUUCCAAAAUCGUCGAAUGAAAGAUAAACGGCAACGAGUCGGUGGUCUCGCGUGGCCCUUUCCUCCACAAAUGGCUGCCUACAUGUUAAACCCAUUUGCAUAUGAAAUGUGGAUGAAAACAGCUGCCGCCUCACAAUUCGGAGCCACGGGUCCCGGAAAUGGAGCUUAUGGGAAUAAUGGAUCAAGCACAUCUCCAUCAGCAGCUGGAUCUCUUCCAUUCCUUCCACCAUUAGGUUUUCCAUCAUUUUUAUCACAAAAUUCAACAAAAUCUCCAUCUUCUCCACAUUCAGACGAUUCCUCAAAAUCGAAGAAUACCUCAAGUGAUGAUGAUGAAUCAAAACCUGUAAAUUUUUCAAAUAGCCCUUCCUCAAGUUCUCCCUCGCCUUAUUCUACAGAUUAAUUCACUAUUUUUUGGAAAAAAAAAUCGGC